AUGAAUAACGAGCAAUUGUCUGAUUUCCUAUUGGAUUUGGCAAAAGCUGCAGCGAACCAUGAAAAACGAGAAGAUGCUGAAUAUUGUAAGAAAUUCUUGAAUAUGUCGGCGACGAAUACUUUAUACGCCGCAAACUACAUUGCAUCUAACUACACAGAUGUCGAUUUGAUUCAAUCCAUUGUCGGACAAAUCCUUGCACUUUAUUACAAAGGAGGUGUACUUCGAUUAUACGCCCUUCAAUUCAUCCCAUGCUUCGUUUCUUUAUAUAUGCUUGCAUUGUCAAAAAAGCAGCAGAAGAGCGCAUCAUUGUUCGAAACAUUCUUCAUUGCUUUAUAUAAUGAAGAAAUUGUCGAACCGAACUCGGAAAUGAAAAAGGUAGAAGAAAUUCGAAUUCCAUCUAUUCGACAACCAAGUAUAUACCAUGAUCCGUCAAAAAUCCAAACUCAUCCCGAAAUAACAUUAAUCAGACCAAAUAAUUUAUCAUCAUUAGUGACCACUGUUCGAAUUGGGCCGUAUCCAACAAUUGCAAAAUUCACUGGAGAAAAUAAGUUCAUAAUACUUACACGGAUAAUGAAAUCGGUAAAUCAAUCUUUAUUUCUCGUUUCUUCUGAAGUCGCCUCUCGACACAUGUGUCUAGCCGCCUUGUCGAUUUGUCGUUCGGGAUUCUCAUUCCCUGAAACCGGUUUCAGAAACAAGGUGUUGGAUAGUGAGAUGUCGCAAGAAGUCAUUGAAGAUUAUUCAAAAAAACCGCGCCAACAUAUUGCGGGUUGCCUUCUUCUCGAAUUACUAUCAGGAUGUUAUUUGGCUUUAUUCAAUGGAAAUGCUGACCUAGCGCUACGGGCAAUUGAUUCAAUUCAUUUGAGGGCACAAUACGAAAUUUUGCCGGAUGUGUUAUUGGUGGUGAACUCAGUUCGAAAUUCGCUUCUUGACAAUCCACUUUCCAAAGAAAAACGAGAUGAAUUGAUGUGGACUCGACCACAACAAAAGACGCUUACAAAUCGCAAAGAACUUGUUACAAAUGCGUCGCUUCGUAUGCGUCGAAUGCCAGAAGACAUUCCUGUGCAAGAAGAAUCCCGCGAGAAAGAGCAUUCUCGAUUUGGAGAGCUCGUUGAAGAAGGAAUGGAUCAUUUGCAUGAUUUGAAGUCGAAAAUGAAAAGUGUUGGACACGGAAUUCAGCAUAAAAUACAACGGAGAAGGAAGAGUGUCGAGCAUGAGGAGUCGGAACUUCAAACAAUCAAAGAGGAGAAAACUACAACGGUUGAUACGAAUUCGGAUAGUGCGAUGUCGUCACCAAGCCAACACAAACUCGUGUUGAAUGGGGAUGAGAUUGAGCGGAGACUUCGAGAUGUUCAGAUCACCGAACUUGAUUAUUCUAAAGAUCUGAAGGAAAAAUUAACCGGAGAUUCGGAUAAAGGGGCAUUCUCAAUCGGCGGACUUCGUCAUAUGGAUAGCGGUAGCAGCACCCAUCGCUCAAUUGACUAUUAA